UUGAUGUGCAGGGCUCGGGACUGAAGACAUGGGACUGAAAGUCCCCGCUCUGCUGUGGAGAAAUUCUAUGGCAUAGCAGCCCCACGCUUGGACACAGCUUUGUUUGGAACAGGGAUGGAACAACAUGUCAGGAAGCGCUUGACCUUCCUGACCUCCUUCUGGAACAAACUCUGGCCAAACACCGUCUCUGCUGACAGGCCCUCGCAGGGGUAUUUUGAUCCUGAUCCUGUCGCCCUGCGGCCAGACCUAGAGCCGGAUCCUGUCCUCCCCAGUGCCUCUCUCUUUAGUGCGCUGUAUGAUUUCAGAGCCAGGAGCGCAGAAGAGCUGAGCGUCAGCCGAGGAGACAAACUCUGCAUCCUCAAAGAAGAGGGGGAAUAUGUCUUAGCCAGGAAGCUUAAGGGGGAACCAGCGCUGGGCUACAUCCCUGCUAAUUACGUGGCAAGGAUCAACGAGGAAACCUCCCUCCAGCCCUGGUACUUCAGAGGAGUCAGUCGAAACGAGGCCCAGCAGCUCCUUCUCUCACCGCCCAAUCAACACGGCUCCUUCCUCAUCCGCGACAGCGAGAGUAACCGGGGGGAGUAUUCUCUGUCAGUCCGUAAUCAUGCUAAAGUCAGUCAUUUCCGGAUCUGUAAGGGGCCUGACGGAGGUCUGUACAUACAAAAGGGACAACCUUUUCCCAGCAUGGAGGAGCUGCUCACCUUUUACACAGUAAAUUGGAAAGUUGUACAGAGCCCCUUGUUACAUCCCUGCAUCCCUAAGACCCCUCCGGUGAGAGAUGCAUGGGAACGGCCCCGUUCAGAAUUCACCCUCGGGAGGAAACUGGGGGAAGGAUACUUCGGAGAGGUGUGGGAAGGAUUGUGGAAGAACAUGGUGCCAGUUGCCAUCAAAAUCAUAAAACAAGCUGACAUGAAGGCGGAAGAUUUCACCAAAGAGAUUCAGAAUCUGAAGCGGCUGAAGCACGAGAGGUUGAUCCAGCUCCAUGCCGUCUGCUCUGUGGGCGAGCCCCUGUACAUCGUCACCGAACUCAUGAGGAAAGGCAACCUGCAGAGUUACCUCAGCAGUCUGGAAGGGAGGGCUCUGAGCACGCUCCACCUGAUCAGCAUUGCUUGCCAGGUGGCCGACGGGAUGACGUACCUUGAAGAACAGCACAUCGUUCACAGGGACUUGGCCGCUAGGAACAUCCUUGUGGGAGACAACCUCACCUGCAAAAUCGCUGAUUUUGGACUCGCCAGGCUCCUCAAGGACGAUAUUUAUUCCACCAGCGGCAGCACCAAAAUCCCAGUGAAGUGGACAGCCCCAGAAGUAGCAAACUACCACACCUACUCGCUGAAGUCCGAUGUUUGGUCCUAUGGGAUCCUGCUCUAUGAAGUCUUCACGUACGGGCAGACCCCAUAUGAAGGAAUGACAAACCAAGAAACAAUACAGCAAAUCAGCAUGGGCUACCGCCUUCCCCGGCCAAGCACUUGCCCUCCUGAGAUCUAUAGCGUCAUGCUGGAGUGUUGGAAGGGUAACGCUGAGGAACGGCCCACCUUUCUCGCUCUGAGAGAGAAACUCUGCUCAAUUUACAGACGGGUGCACAAUUCGCUCUCGCUCUCCUGAUGGAAAUGGCCCUACACCCCACCCCCAUGAUUAUUUGGGGUUCCAUUCCCAUGCCCAGCAAGUGUAGCAGCACUGCUGGGAGUAUCCAUUGUCUACCCGUGCACGACUUGCGUCCAGCGGGCAUUCUUGUGUUGCACGUUUCAGAUGAAGAUAACACAAGGCCUUCUCCUUGGGAGGGACAGAAAACCGUGCUCCAUUUUGGAGAAGUUUAGCCUCCUUGCUAUGGUCUGGCUGCUACCUCCACAAGAGGACUAUUCAUUGUAGAUGUGGUACAGCAAAGAUGUCACCCUGGGUAUAAGAAGUUCUUAAUCUAAACAGCACAGCAGGAUUUCACAAGCUACCCGCUGCGUUGAAAGUGAAGUUUCCCGUUUACUUUGUGUGUGUAAACUAUUGAUGGCUAUGAAGUUAUUCACGACGUGUGUCUGAUUUAUUUAUUGAUCAAUGCAUGUAAACCCACCCAGUUUUCACAGCGCAUGCGGACAAUGUAACUCUUCAGUGUACUUGCUAAUAUCAGUGGCAGGAUCAGACCUGGCCGGGUUGUAAUUCACGGCAAGAAAAAGCCAUGUAAAGCCCUGCUUCCUCCUGGGGGUUUGGAGACAUCCAGGCAUCCCACAUAAGGGCAGGAUUUGAGACUCAGAUCUGCCUGGACUUUUUCCUCUAUACCUGGAACUGCCAAUUACUACUCCCCCCGUUCCCCACAAUUUGGACCCACUCAGAUAUCAUUGUAUUCCUCUAACCAUCAUCCUCCCUGCCCCCUCCUGGUGUAUAUUAUUAAGCUCUCAUUUGUCUGUCACGUUCCUCAUUUAGACUGUAAGCCCUACAGCAGAGGAACCUGGCUUCUCGGUGUUCCCCAACUGUGAAACCAUAAAUCAUCAUCAUCAUUAAUUCAUACUCCAGGGAGAGCUGAGCCUAAUCUCCUUGUCUUUUAGCACCACUUAGUGGCUGCCUGAAGUAUGACAUUCUUUUUAUUUGUUAAUUGCAAAUGUUAACUGUACAUUUUCUGCCUCUUUAAAUACAAGUAUUUUAACCAACUUUCUCUGUUUUUCUCAUCAAAGUAUUGGAGGAGGAUCUGUGAAGCUAUUGGAAGGUUCUCAAGAGAAUCUAGGAAGGGCCCUCUUAAAAAAUAAAAACACAUCAACUGUGUGUAUAUCCAUCUCUUACCAUACUUCCUAUCUUUCUUAUGCAUUGGGAUAGUUUGCACUUGUGCCUUUAAUAAUGAUGCUAAAACUGCCAAACAUCUUGAACUCUUUUUUCCUUGACUUGCUUCCCAUGGGAUCGUACCUACCAAUUCCCUGGGUUUGCUACACUCUGCCUUCUUGAAGUCCAUUGUCAUUAUUCUGCUGUUUUCCCUCUUAACAUUCCUUAGAAUCAAAAACUCUAUCAACUUCAUGAUCACUUUCAUCCAAGCCUCAAAUUCUCAACCAUUUCCCCCCUAUUUGUUAGGAUUCAGUGUAGAACAGCCUUUCCCCUGGUUGCUUCCUCCACCUUCUGUAAUAAAAAGUUGUCUACAAUGCACUCGAAGAACUUGUUGGAUAAUCUGUGGCCCUGCUGUAUUAUUUUCCCAACAGAUGUCUGGGUAGCUGAAGUUUCCCAUCACCACCAAGUGUUCUGCUUUGGAUGAUUUUGUUAGUUGUUUUAAAAAAGCCACAUUCACUACUUCUUCCUGGUUAGGUGGUCUACAAUAGACAUAUCCCAUGACAUCAACCAUGUUCUAACUCCAUUUACCCAUCCAUAGCCUUGCAACAGGUCUGCCUCCCAUUUCUAUCUUGAUCUCAGUAGGAAAGUUUAUAGUAAGUAUGGUAAGAGCCCACCAUGGCUUAACUAGGCGAUCGUCAACGACCUGAAACUCAUACAAAAAGUGGAAACCAGGUCAAAUUACUCAAGACGAAUAUAAAAAGACAACAUCACCAGCAUGUAGGGACAAAAAUUAAAAGGCCAAGGCACACAAUAAGCUAGGGAUAUAAAGGGUAACAAGAAAACAUUUUACAAAUACAUUAGAAGCAAGAGGAAGACUAAGGCAGAAUAGGGUCAUUACUCAAUGAGGAGGAAAAGACAAUAACAGAAAAUGUAGCAAUGACCAAAGUGUUAAAUGCCUUUUUUGUUUCAGUUUUCACCAAAAAAACCCUAUCAGUGAUUGGACCACUAACAUAGUGAAUAUCAGUGUAAAUGGCGUAGGAUCUAAGGUUAAAAUAGGGAAAGAACGUAUUAAGAAUUACUUAGACAUGUUAGACGUCUUCAAGUGGGCAGGGCCAGACAAAAUACAUCCUACGAGACUUACAGUACUGGCUGAAGAAUCUCUGAUCCAUUAGUGAUUAUCUCUGAGAACUCAUGAAGAGCGGGAGAGGACUGAAAAAGGGCAAAUAUAGCCCCUAUCUAUAAAAAGGGGAAUAAGGACAACCUGGGGAAUUACAAAUCAGUCAGUUUAACUUUGGUACCCAGAAAGAUAAUGGGAGCAAAUCACCAAACACUUUGUAAGCACCUAGAAGAUAAUAAGGUGAUUGUAACAGUCAACAUGGAUUUGUCAAGAACAAAUCAUGUCAAAACGACUUAAUAUCCUCCUUUGGCAGGAUAACAAGCCUUGUGAAUGGGGGAAGCAGUAGCUGUGAUAUACCUCAACUUUAGAAAGGCUGUGGACACUGUCUCACAUGACCAUCUCAUAAGCAAACCAAGGAAAUAUAGCCUAGACCAACCUACUGUAAGAUGGGUGCACAACUGGCUGGAAAACCAUACUCAAAGAGGAAUUCUCAAUGGUUCACAGUCCAGCUGGAAGGCCAAAUCGAUGGGGGUCCCGCAGGGACUUGUCUGGAGCCUGGUUCUCUUCAAUAUCUUCAUAAAUGAUUUGGCUAAUGGGAUAGAGAAUACACGUAUAACAUUUGUGGAGGAUACCACCCUGGGAGGAGUUGCAAGCACUUUGCUUUGGAGGCCAGGAUUAGAAUUUAAAAAUGACUUCCUUUUGCCUCCAUUUCCCCUAAUGCUGGACUGUGAUCCAUUGAUAACUCCUC